AACAUUUUCUUUCUCCUUUACCUGCGGACACUUGAUCUUUGUUCGCUCAGUGGAAUGGCACCAUCCUGUGGUCAAAAGAGGGACUGCGGAGUGAUGCAGCAGCAGUUUGACACACAUCAUAUUGAUUUGUUUAUAUUUCCCCCUGAUUUUAAAUUGUUACGCUCCGGGUACUUGCAGACAUAUUUGGUUUGCAUUGUGGGGAAAGUUAUCUGACAGAGGAGGCAACAGGCAGUUCAAAAACAAGUUUUAUCAGGUAGGAAUUAAAGGGCCAACCGGAGAAACUGAAUAGUUGUUUAGGUCUUGGGAGAUGUGUGAUGAUGAUGAGAAAGAAAGCUUAAAUUUGUAUGUCUGUAAACGAGGACGCAGUCCUUCCUGGAGCGCCAGUGUUUCAUGUCUCCCAGUGAAAUGAGAUCCAACCCGUUCUCCAGCACACCUCCGACCGCCUCAACCUGCUCUCCGACUGGGAGCACGUUAUCGACGGUGUCAUCGUCACACAUAACAAGACCUCACCUGUGCGACUCUGGCGAAUACACUUCCACGCAGCGGCGGACUAUGAAAAGUGUGCGUAAUGAUUAACCACCACGCUCGGAAAUACGCCCCCCCGCGCUCAUCGGUCACAGAUGACUGUCCGCUGGCCCUGCAGGCUGUCCAUAUCAGCAAACACCAGGACACUCUGAACGAGGCAACGUGGCCGCAGACGGGCGCCAAGAUGCGGAUCUCCAAGGCCAACAAGGGCGCGGUGGUGAGGGCUGUCCGGCGGCAGGCGUCUCCUCAGCCGUCCAGACUGGAGGGGAUGUGGAACGACAGAAAGCUGUCGAGCUGCGGACCUGAGGGGAGAGACGGGGCAGGAGCUUCUGGGAACGCGAUGGAGGGACACGAAGGGGGGGCACCCCGUGGUAGGAAGAAGGCAUCCAAACCACAUGUGAAGACCAUCUUCUCCCCCGAUGACAAGGACCCCAGGGUGAAGGAGGAGACCGGAGAGGGACACGCCUUCGAACCCGGAGGGGAGAACAACUGGUGUGAUUUGUGCUGCAAGUACAUCUUCGAGAAUGGUCUCACCUGUGCAGGUUGCAAGUACGCGUGCCACACUGCAUGUCGGGACAAAGUGGCACUGGACUGCCAUCCUCCAGCGUCACCCAUCAGCCAGGACCAGCUCAACAACAACAACACGCCGAUCCAUGAUGUGGAGAAGGAGAGAGAGUUGCGGACAGAGUUCAGCAAUGAGGAAAUCUGGCAGAGGAUCGAGCAGUACAACUUGCUAACCAAAGACCACCUUAAAAUGACGCUGGGUGCGGGCGGUCUGUACACGGGUUUCAUCAAGGUCCAGAUGGAUUUGCGGAGGCCUAUGACGGUGCAGGGAAGUCAGAGAAGAGCCGGGGAGGCCUUCUAUCUGCCCCAAGGAGUCUCCAACACCCUCCACGUCAGCUCCAACACCACAGUCAAAGAGGUGAUCGUCGGCUUGUUGGGCAAAUUCACAGUUGCAGACAACCCGGCUAAAUAUGCCCUGUACAAGAGAUACCGGCGGGAGGAGCAGGUUUAUACAUGCAAGUUGGCGGAUGCUGAGAAGCCGUUGUUUCUUCGCCUGGUGGCGGGACCCGACCCAGACCUGCUCAGCUUUGUCCUGAAAGAACAGCAGACGGGAGAAGUCAUGUGGGAUGCCUUCUCCAUCCCUGAGCUGAAAAACUUCCUGCGGAUCCUCGAAAAGGAGGAACAGGAGCAGAAGGACGCAGUAAUUCGCCGCUAUGAAACCUACCGGCAGAGACUGCAGGAGGCACUGCUGGAGGUCAGGGGGCCUUCUUAAGAGGAUAUAACCUCCUUUAAAAAGGACUACUGCCCCCUAGAGGGACGAAGGGGAUGUUUUGUUUUGUUUUUCAUUUUUAAUCUCCUGGUGUACAUUUUGAUGGAGGGAGGGAUGUGAACACAGAAUCAGGAGAGAGGAUCCAGCACCUGGAAGAAGGGAUAAUAAAGGAUGACAAGAGGACAGAAAAAAGAGACUGCAAAUAAAAAAGACGAACAGACAGAAUUUGGGUUGCUGGAUUCAAGAUUUCAAACUGCUUCCCGCUCGGCUCCGUCUGCCUGCAAACACCAAAGAUUCACUCACUGUGCCAUAUCCGUUCAUCCUCUCCACUGUUCGCCGUCCAUCCCUCUCUUCUUCUUCUUCUCUCACUCUGUCCUGCUGUCACAUAAUUUAUGCAGUUCAUCCUUUUUGUUUCCCUCACCUUUUUAUCCUUUGAACUUGUGAAAGACUCAAGGCCAUAUGUUGAAUUAUUUUUAUUUAAUUUGUUUGUUUUAAAGGUCUGUACAUAUUUUUUUUUCUUAAUUUAUAUGGGUGAAGCUUUUUAUUGUUUUUUGUUUUUCUUUUUAAAACAAAGUCUUAUUUUUGUUUUAUUGUAGAGAGGCGGAGCAACAAUCUGCUUGUUGACACAGAUGCUGAGAAUAGUUUUUUCAGACUUCAACAGGACACAGAAAAUCCAAGCAUCAGAACAUGAAAGACCAAUAUUUAAAAAAAAUUAUCAGCUUGGAAGGUCUAAACAGGCCCAGAGGCUGCAGUUGCAUAUAUAUGAUAAUAGUUUGGGAUAAAUUGGAGAGGAACUGGAAAGUCUGAAGUUUGCAAAUAUGUGUGAAGUGAUAAAAGAAGCUGGCAUGGAUAUGUAUGGAGUCUGAAGUGUGCCAGAAAAAUUACAGAUUUACUUUUUAAAAUAUUUGCAAGCAACACUUCAUUUACUUAAUUUUAGAAACUGCUAUAGGCUUUCUAUUUUUUAAAUAACACCUUUAUUCUAUUGGCAGGAUCAUUUUUAUUUACCGUGCAAACUUUUAUGAAAAUAACUGCACUUUUCUAGUGAUUUUUCCACCACGAGAAAACUUUAAACUUGGACAAGUUGAGUCUAAAAGGUGUUGAUAUAUCAUAAAAUGGAGUUAUUUUAACCCACAGUAGUUGUCAAAUGUAAAAGUAAAUACAGCUUCCAAUAAUAAUAGCACUAAUUACAAAGAAUGAAAAUGGAUUGUAGUUAUUCGGGAUGUAUCAGUUCCAAAAACAUGUCCAAUCAAAAUAUAUGAAUCUGAGAAGAAAUUCUUCUUAUAUUUGUUAUCCAUUUAUAUGGAAUUUAAUUAUCUGUUCAUGCUUUUGGCACAUUUAGGACUCCAUAAAAGCCAGCCUGAGAUUGUUUACAUGAAAGGAAGGAGAAAUGAAAGGUGAUGUGACAGAAAACAGAUGCAGGAACUCUAGAGAGAUUUUUGUAGUAGUUUAGUUUUGGUUGCAGUUUGUGAAAAAAACGCUGUUUGUUUUUUCAUGUGGAGUGAAGAUGAACUGGUGGGAUCUGAAGCCUUUGUGUUUUUUCCACCACCAGCAGAGUUUGGUGAAGCAUGAGCUGAAUAGACUGAAGCAAACUGCUUGAACUUUGACCCCCCAUGUGGUCAGAGGAAGGAGUGUGGAGAUUUGACAGGUUUCUGGAAGUUGACUGAGUGGUUCAGAGGAAGUAGAAAAGAAACAUUAGAUGCAGGAAAGAAAAAAAACUAGGGGAAGAUAAAUGGCAUGAGGAGCUAAUACAUGGGAAAGACUGUCAUACAAGCAGUGUGACCGUGGACAGUGACGGGGGUUUCCUCCAACCGCAAGUCACUUUGAUUAACUGCUUGUUCACUUUUUGCAUUAUGUGAGCUCCUCGAAUCCAUGAGUGCAAGAAAAGGAGGUCUGUGAGUGCUGAUAGCUGCUGAGACCAGGGAGGAAAAACAGCGGCAUUGUGUGCGUUUCAACCCGUCUGUCAGCAGGCAUUCAUUUAAAACGCAACUUUUUGAUACGCUUAUCUUGAACUAAAAUGUGCAGCCUUGACCUCAUAAACCUCUCCUAAGGAUAAAAUAAGAGUGGGACACAAAUCAAGGCACGCAGGACUGUAGUAAACAUGAGGGUUUAAAGGCAGAAAAACUAAAGAAAUGCAUCAGAGUGCAAAAGACGGCUCAAAGAGAAAAGGUUUUCUUAAUAAAAGGCCAUUAAAACCUUUGAUAUAUAUGCAAUAUUUUCUGUGGUGAUGUAAUUUAUCAUUUAAAAGUCAAAGAGGCUUUUUCUUGUUUGCUUGGAAUAUUUUUGGGGGGCAAUUUUGAAGAAAACAGUCAAUAAUCUGGACAAAUAAGUCAAAACAUUCAUGUUCAUUGCAUUUUAUCUUUAUGUGUUGCAAAAUGCUGUUUGCUGUUUGAGCUGCAGGUACUAAAUGAUGUCAAACUGAGGGUGCUGCAGGGCGUUUCUGUAGGAGACUGUCGCCAUCUAGUGGUCAAACACGCCAACUGUUCUCUUGCUUCUGUGUCAAACUUGAUUUAUCUUAUAGAUUUAUUUUGUUUUUGUUUUUUUUUUAUAACCAAAGAUAUUUUUGUGUUGUUGCCUGGAGCAAAACAUCUAUUAGGGGCCUCAUCCCAUCAGAGGGAAAAACAUACAGUAUAUAUAGUGUAGAGGUUUUAUUUAAAGGGGUUUUAACCCCAGUUCCUUCUACUAUUAAACACUGGGUUAUUUUUAUGGAAGCAAAAAAGGGCCUUUAGAAUUUAAAUGAACUAGUUUUAUAUAUAAUCUCUGGGUUAUCAUGGGCAAGAGUCCAGCAUUAUAAACUUUCAAACGCUGGGUUUAAAAGAGGAGAAGGCCCACUGGAAUAUAUUGGGAAAUGUUGGAUUAUGGGAAAUGUAAUAGCCACUGUUUUUGGAGCAUUUCUUGGUAAAAGUUGGAACAUCCUGACCAUUUUCUUCCUGACCAUUUUUUAUUCCUUUUUUAGUGUCUUGUAGAAAUUCCCAACUUUUAUGUAAUUUCCAAAGAGAAAACUCAUUUAAUAACUUAAUGGUUACAUGUAAAUACAAGAAAUUUAAACUUGGUCUUUUUAAAUGCUUAAUUUUCAGUAUGUCAUUUGAAAACUUUGAGUAUAUAAUUUUAAUUAUUGGUGGUUUUACUUUUUCAAAGUUAACAAAUUCAGAAAACUCAAAAACAAAAUACAAUUAAUUUGGCCCUCUUUUGCUUCCAUACAUUAUAGUUGAAAGUGAUGCGAAAGUCUGAAUGGAAACAGUAACUGAAUCUUGAAGCCAUGUUGUUGUUUUUUGUGUAUCUCAUAAACAACUCUAGCUGUUAAAACACAUCAUCCCAGACUAGUUGCAUCAAAUUAAAUUUUUUGGGCACUUUAACUUUGAAUUCAGGGAAAACGGGUUUUUAAAAUUUAAUUUUUUCUCCUGUGUACCGCGAUCACACGCUCUACUUUAUCUUAACAUCUAACACACUACAAUCUUAUUAUUCUUUUUUUCUGUUUUAGCUGAUGAAAGUAUAGUGUGGCAGAAGUCGGCGAUUGUGAGGUCAUUUAAUAAGUUUUGGUCUCAGUGAGCUUCCGUAUGAUUUUGCUCAGAGUUGGCUGUGAAAUAGUUUGCUUACUGUAAACAAUCCUGGGCUGUUCAACAUUAAAAGCAUGCGUUAUUUUAGAUAAAACAGCAGUCGGACAGCAUCUGGAAACUAGUUUUCAGAUGCCGUUUACCUGCUGCUGAUAGAAAUUAGGAUUGCUGAAGAAUUAUAUGUCAUGGAAAGCUUUUUGGGCCAGUAGUGUUCAUGUAUGAAGAUCAGAUAUGAUACCUUGUAUGUAUUCAGAGAUGUUGUUUUUAAGGCUGUUCAAACAUACCUAGAGUCUGAUAGCGUGCAAACCAUUGGCUCCUUAGUCUUAAUUGAAAUAUUCUUAUACUUUCUGUCAUUUUACACUAUUUAAACCUGUUUUCCUUGAUAGCGUAUGUUUUAUUUCUUUAGAUGUUGCUGAAAUUUGACUAUUGCUCUGAUUUUUAGGCUAAUUGGGAUUAAUUCUUUAUAAAAACAUCACAAAAUCAUCUUUUCAAGCCUGUCAAAUGUUAAUAUUUUUACGCUUCCUGCGUAUUUAAGAGCUUUCAGCCUUCCCUCUGCUUUUCUUUGAAACUAGCUUCACAUUUACACUUUUAGUAUUUGUUUUGUCCCCAAACUGGAUAUAAAUUAGGGUGUGUUAUAUAGGAUAAUAUAGUGUAAAAUGACAGCUCAGAAAACAUUCACGAACUUUACAUGUAAGAAUAUGUAUUACUUCAUUGUUUCAAAUAUUUAAAUCUUGUUCUUUAAAGAAAAAAAA